AUGGUCAGUCGAGCAGUCAAGCUCCUCGCGCCUCACAUCUUCUGUCAGUCUCCUCGCGCCAGCAGACGGUUCAAGAACAAAGUCGAUAGCCUUUCCCGUGCGAUUGCAUCAAAACCCUAUCGUCGUUCGCGUCUCUCGAGCUCGAAUUGGUUCCAAGAGAGAGGGAAGGAUGGGGAUGUUUACCACCAGGUUACUGGUAAUGCCGGUCAUGGAACCAGGGUACCCCUCAUGGAUAUUACACCACGCCUCAGGAACAAGUUGGACAAGCUUCUAGCCAGGAUGACGAUGGAGAAGAAACAGUGGAGGAGAGAAGUUGGCAGCGAGAAAAGGGUUGGAGGCAAUGACAAAGAGGUCGAAGAGGAGGAGGAUGAGCUUGAAGAUGAGGAUGAAGACGAAGACGAGGAUGAAGCGAUCGACGAGGAUGACAUUCGGGUGCUCAUUGAGCAGUGUCAAGCCGAAUACGGGAUACGACGGAAGAAUGACGAAGAGCGGGAGGAGUGCAAGUUUGUGGAGGCCAGUGCGACCGCGGCCUCUGGAGGCGAAGGGUUGUGUUUGGAAGAGACAAAGGAGAAUUUCAGAGUUUGA